AUGAGAUUUUUAUUGAAACGUGAUGGAAUGGGAUAUCCACCUUUAUCUCCAAAGCAAAUGACACUGCAUGCACUAAGCUUUAGUCUUUCUCCUUUCUCUUCUUUCUCUACAACACGUUCCUUCUUUGGCUCUCGGUUCUUUUUCCUUAUUGCUGUCUCUCUCUAUUCUUUUUCUCCUAACAAUUUUCAUCGUUCCUCUUCUGUAUCUGCUUUGUAUUCAUUUUCCCUCCUCGCUUUCAUUCCAGUUGUUGUCGCCUUCCUUUUCGUCUACUACACCUUAAUUCCUUCUACGUCACUCUGCCCUUUUCCUUGUUACUCUCUCUCUCUUUUUCCUAUCAAUUUUCUUCUAUAUCUCUGUUGUCUUCAUUUUCCUCUACGCUUGCUCUUUGCCUUGUUUUUUAUUUAUUGUUUUCGUUGUUGCCUUAUUUAUUUACUUCCGCUACACCCACUUUUCCUUCUUUGUUUCUCUCUACUUUUUCCUUAUUGUUAUCACCCCUUUCUCCCUUUUUUUCUACGAAUUUUCUUCUUCUUUCUCCUCAUUUUUCCUCCUCGUUUUCUUUUCUCUUUCUUUUACCUUUUUCGUUGUUGCAUUCUUCCUUUUCUUCCGGUACAUCUUAAAUUAUUCUACUCUUCCUUCUACAUCUGUCUGUUAUUUUUCUUUAUUGCUAUCUCUCCCCGCCCCUGUCAAUUUUCCUUUAUCCUCUUUUAUAUCUCUUUUCGUUUCCAUUUUUCUUUCCCGCUUUCUUUUCUCAGUGUUUGUUGUCGUCUUCCUUUUCUUCAGCAACACUAA